AUCAAUUGUGGUCAAACUGAGGUCAUUGAAUUAACUAAUCAUAUUUACACAAGUAUUGAAAGAAAUACAACACGCAAUGAAAGAAGACGAAAAACUUGAUCCUGUUGAGCUUCAGAUGGAAGCACAGCAAGAGCUCCGUGGUCUUCAACGCCAGUACCGUACCAUUGUGAAUAACAGGCGAGUUUACGAAGAGGAGACGAAGAAUACUAUACGCAAACAAGUGGCGGCUAUAGAGACGCUAGAAGCCGAGAGGGUAGAGCUGGAAGAUCUAAUGAGAGUCGCCGGAAGAAUGCGUAAUCAGUGCAUCGAUCAAGCGAACUUGGAUGAGAUUAAGCAGCUACUGGACCGGGAGCAAAAACUCCAGGCAGAGAUGCAAGAGGAAAGAGAGCGCAAAGCACGAGUCGACGAGCAAGUGCAAAACAUGCAGGAGCAGAUAGCGAACCACAGAAACAAAAUGAAGGGCAGCACGGGCAUCAGCCAAGAGACAACAAUCAGAACACAGAACAAGAUACGCCUUCUGACAAACAGAAUGGAUAUCUUCAGGAAGAAGUUUAACGAUGCGAUGACUUACAACCGGAACCUUCGCGAGAAAAUGUCGCAAAUCCAAAAUCAAAAGCAACGUUUCGAGGACCUAAGCAAGCGCUUAGAUAACACUUUGAAGGCCAUGAAGGACGAGAUAGACAUGCUAUCAGAGAGCGCAACGGGGCAUUACCAUGCGAGAGACGAAGCACAGCACAGGAUGGCCUCCAUAAGGGAGCGCAAAGAACGAGAGCUGGCCAUGUACAACUUAGAAAUCAAGGAUAUGAUACGCGUGAUUGAGCACGACAGCAAGCUCCGCGAGUUCAUGGCCACAAAAAGCGUAGACCGCGUCCAUGCCUUAGAACAGGAGCAAAUGUCACGUGACCUGCGUAAACUAUCUGCACUGUUGAACGGCCUGAAGCUAGAGGUUGAUAGCUACGAAGAUGUCUUUGCGCAGAUCAAAGAAGCCACGGGUAUCCACGAUACAGACACUCUAGUGCAGUCUUUCAUCGAUAACGAGGAUACGAACUUUGCACUGUUCAACUACGUAAACGAGCUGACAUCAGAAAUAGAACCCCUGGAGGACGAGAUCAAGUUUUUGAGGGAUGAGAUUGACCAGACGAAGCGCGAAGGAGUCGAGAAUGAUGUCAGACGGCAAGAGAUUCAGCGGGAACUGGAGGAGAAGUUAGCAGCAGUGUCGUUUCGUCACCAUAACGCCUUACUGGAGUGCAAAAAAGAUAGGAGAACAUUGGAGAUGCUGAAGGCAUGUGUAGAGAGGGUGUUCGCAGCAGUUGGAUGCGACCGCAGCGUCAUCGACAAUAUGCUGGGCACAGGAGCCGGCGUGGAUGACAACAGCAUCAUGAUGCACAUGGGCAUCAUCGAGCAGAAGUGCAACCAGCUCCUGCAACUUCACGCCUGGGAGGGGCUCAAGAGGCUCGCCCAGUCCCAGCCAGCAGUGGUACACACCCUACAAGGCCAAGGACCGGACCCCCCUCAACCCAUGCUGUCCAUUAUGCCGCCGACCAUCGAGGAAGAAGACUACCAAGACGCGUCUACUAAUGAUGAGAGGCCGCUGACCAUGGAAGACGCGAGGAAAAUGGUGGUGAGCAUGCGCAGUUCUUCUAAGGUACCGACUAGUUCCAGUACUCCUCGGCGAAAUAGGCGCACAUGAAUUGGAUAGAGUUUUAUGAUUGAAAGUGUUGUACAUUUAACUAUUUGUUGAAUACCACAAAAUAAAAGAUUCCAGAUUGUAAAA